AUGCUCAAUGGGUCAAGCCCCUGGGCUGGCAAAAUCUGGAAGAAGGCCAACCUCACCUUCUCCUUUGAUGGCAAACAAAUAACCAAGACCUUCCUAAUCUGUAACACCGGGUCCCACGCCGCCAUCCUAGGAUUGAAAUGGUUAGAUGCCCAUAAUCCAGAAAUUGAUUGGAAUCUAUGCACCCUCUCCUUUCCCCACACACCACCAGAACGGGUAGCCAUUGCCAAGGAGGAGGAAGCUGACAAGAACCCUCUUGAAGGAGUACCCUCCAAGUACCAUCAAUAUGCUAAGGUAUUUGGGGAAGAGGAAUUCAAUAAGCUCCCACCCCACAGGCACUAUGACAUUGGGAUUGAGCUAACCAAGGAAGGACCCCUAAACUCACCCCUUUAUAGUAUGACCAACGCCAAAUCCUCCACUCUCAAGGAUUGGCUCAGGGAUGAGCUCAAGGCGGGGAAGAUUUGCCCCAGCAAGUCCUCCAUCAGCUCACCUGUAAUGUUUGUUCCCAAAAAGGAUGGCUCUUGCCAAUUGGUUGUAGACUACCGCCGCCUUAACAACUGGACCAAGAAGAAUGUUUACCCAUUACCCUGUCCCAAUGACCUAAUGGCCCAACUCCGCGGCGCCAAGGUCUUUACCAAACUUGAUUUACAAUGGGGUUACAACAAUGUCUGUGUUAAAGAAGGUGACAAGUGGAAAACCGCUUUCUGCACCAAGUACGGCCUGUAUGAGUCCCUAGUCAUGACCUUUGGUUUAACAAACGCCCCUGCCUCUUUCCAACACUUCAUGAACAAACUGUUCAAGGAUCUAUUGGAUGUAUGCAUCAUCAUCUACCUUGAUGACAUCUUAAUUUACUCCAAAGAUGACGCAUCCCACACACAGCAUGUUCAUGAGGUUUUAUGGCACCUAAUGGAGAACCAAUUGUUUUGUAAGGCAUCCAAAUGCACGUUCCAUGUCACCUCUGUGGAAUACCUAGGGAUUAUAGUGUCAGAUAAGGGUUUUAGCCUGGACAAGCUCAAAAUCCAGGCGGUCCAAGAAUGGCCCACACCUACCAAGGUCAAGGAGGUACAAUUGUUCCUUGGGUUUGCCAAUUUCCUUUGCCGGUUUGUUGCCAAUUUCAGUCACGUUGCCAGACCGUUACACAAUCUGGUAAAAAAGGACGCAACAUGGAAAUGGGAUACCAGGGAACAGGAAGCUUUUCAAGGACUGAAGGAUGCCAUUACCAACGCCCCGGUACUCUGCCACGUGGAUCCCACCAAACUGUACUUCCUUGAAACAGACAUGUCAGGCGCAGCCUUGGGUUCCAUACUGAGUCAACGUCAGGAAGAUGGACGCCUACACCCCUUGGGUUUUCUGUCAGAAUCAUUUAAGGGUGCCAAACAGAACUACAACACCCACAACAAGGAACUCUUGGCAAUCAUCCGCUCCUUUGAGUAUUGGCGUAUCUUUCUAGAAGGCACCCUACACCCCAUCACCGUGUUUACAGACCACAGGAAUUUGGAAUACUGGAAGGAGUCCAGAACAUUCAAUUGUUGCCACGCACAAUGGCACCUCCUCCUUGCCGGUUACAACUUCCAGAUUGUAUACAGACCGGGAAAACAAUCAGGGAAGCCAGACGCCUUGUCCUGA